UCCACCUCCAUCUCCAAACCAUCCAUUCUCCCCAAAGCCCGAAUGGCUCUUUCCAUGUCUGCCAGCAAAGCCUUCAAACAAGUCGGAAUAGGCUUGGCUUCUACAGCCGUGAGUGCGCUACUGACCACCAACGCUCUCGCCAUUGAUGUCCUCUUGGGCGCAAGCGAUGGCUCCUUAGUCUUCGUUCCAAAUGAGUUUUCGGUGAACGCUGGAGAGCAGAUUGUGUUCAGAAACAAUGCCGGGUUUCCUCACAAUGUGGUUUUUGACGAGGAAGAGGUUCCUCCAGGUGUUGUCGCUUCUACCAUCUCUAUGAACGAGGAGGAUCUGCUCAACGCGCCUGGAGAGACUUAUUCGGUCGCUCUGACUGCCAAAGGGACUUACACUUUUUAUUGUUCUCCGCAUCAGGGAGCUGGGAUGGUGGGAAAAGUUACCGUUAAUUGAUUUUGUUAUGGUGAUUCAGAGCUUUUUUGUUUUUAGGGUUUAAGAGAAAAAUUUAAUGUUGACUUAGUGUGAAGUUUGGUUCUCAAAUUGGCUCUGAAAGAAUUGUUGACUUCAGUUGAUUGUAUUGGUGAUUUUGAAAGAUGAAAUCAAUGUGAUGAAUUGCAGGCCA